ACUUAAGCGUUUUCGAUUAGGCAAACAAACAAUUAUAGAAACAAAGUUGUUUAACUGUUAAAAAUAAUUGGCUUUUUCAGUCUGAGAAUAUAACUGAUGUUUAAAUUAUGGCGAAUCGAACUGUAAAAGAUGCUCAAUCUAUUAGAGGUACUAAUCCUCAAUAUUUAAUUGAAAAAAUUAUUCGAUCCCGUAUUUACGAUGCCCGAUACUGGAAGGAAGAAUGUUUCGCUCUAUCUGCCGAGUUACUUGUGGACAAAGCUAUGGAGUUGAAAUUUGUUGGCGGUGUCUAUGGUGGUAAUAUAAAACCAACACCUUUUUUAUGUCUAGUUCUUAAAAUGCUUCAAAUACAACCGGAGAAAGAUAUUAUCAUCGAGUUUAUUCGUCAGGAGGAUUUCAAGUACGUGCGUGCAUUGGGAGCUUUUUACAUGAGAUUAGUUGGAACAUCACUGGACUGUUACAAAUAUCUAGAGCCUCUUUACAACGAUUACAGAAAACUUAGAAAGCAGGAUCGCCAGGGAGAAUUCCAAGUUGUAUUCAUGGACGAAUUCAUUGAUGAACUUCUUCAUGAAGAAAGGCUAUGUGAUGUUAUUUUGCCCCGAAUCCAAAAGCGACAUGUUUUAGAGGAAAAUAAUGAGUUGGAGCCUAGAAUAAGUGCUCUCGAAGAUGAUUUGGAUGAACCAGAAUCCGAGGAUGAAGAUCUAAAAGAAAAUGUCACCGCUGUUGUCCAUGAAAAAUCUCGAAAUAAGAGCUCAAAUGAAAGUUCUCGCAAAGAAAAAUCCUCUGAAUCCCGUCGACGACAUAGCCCUUCUCCUCACAGACAUCGUUCAUCAAGACACCAAGAACGAGAAAGCGGCAGAAGGCACAAACGCAGCAGAUCAAGAGAAAAGCACCAUUCAAAGAGAGACAAUGAAAGGCGUCACCGUUCACGGUCACCCAGAAAAAAGAGGGAUCAUGACCGUAAAAGUCAUCAUAGCAAACAUUAACAUUAUUUCACAGCUUAAAUUUUAAAAAUAAAAGAAUACUACAUUAUAGUAA